GGAAAGAAAGGAAGAAUGUGUGAAGGACGUGACUUUUAUGUGUCAACCCAAAGGAAUGGAAGACUUGAUUGGAGUAGAUGGCUGCUUUUGGUAGGGCCGACGAGUGAACUGUGAGGAAAAGGCGGGACGGAGAUGCGUUCUUAGAGCUAUUUUCCAAGAAGGCAAUGUAAUCCUUGGCAUCGGAUGAAAAGAAUGCAAGAAAAAUGAAAUUCCCUAGAAUUAGUGCAGAAAUGGAAAUGGAAAAGAUUGCUGUAGUAUUGUGACGGAAAGCGUUAGAAGCUGGAAAUGCGUCCCGCUUCAUUUUCGGUGUUGCAGUGCCAGGGGCUCGGAGGAGGAGGAGGCCGAGCGUUUUAAGCCUGGCGGAUCGGUCGUAGAGUGGAGUCGCCUUGCCAACACGUCUCCAGGCUACAUUCCGUGCCACAUUCUGCUGCACCUUGACAACGAUCACUUCGUGAUAGGCUGGCGCCGGAAGGUCGAUGAGUUGUAAGCAAGAAGAGAAGGACGACGCGAAGGAGUGGCUGAUUGAAUGCGGCGAGGUCGUGGUGGCACUUGCCGACGGUUGACGUACAUGCCAGCAGAAGAAGUACCAGCAGGAGCAGGAGCAAGUGCUGCAUUUUGUGGACCUCGUGAUGGUGACGAUGAAUCAACCGAUUAACAGCCUUUCGAGGUGAGAAGUUGCACGAGUCGAGCUUACACCGGUGGGCUCAAUUGAAGCUGGGAUGCGGAUGGCCGUGUGAUUGCAGUCAUGAGAAUCGCGGUACUGUAGAGGUUCGAAAGAUAUGAAGCCUGGAGCCCUGACGAUCGAUAGGUAUGGGUUCUCAGGAGCCCGAAGGGACGAGCACCAGCAACAGUACUUUAAGCGACAACGAAGAAGAAAAGGAAGUGAAAGUUGUGGACUGGGCGAAAUUCCACGAUGUCUUUUACGAACUGGGCGGUGUUGCUCUCAAGCUUAAUCAGUUGAAGGCCAAGAAAGCAGCUCUGUCCGAGAAACUCGAGGCUCUCUUACAAAAUUGCUCCAAGUCUAUAGAGCGUGUAGAUUGUCUUGAAAGUAUGAAAGCAAGAUUUCAAAAGAAGAAGAAAGUUCUGGAAAGUGCGACGGCUACUUUACUGGAGUCCUCGGAGCAGCUGGAUUUAACGAAGAAGAAACUGCUUCCCUCUGUACAAACAUUGCAUCAGUCUGCAAAAGCUCUAGCUGGUGCUCAGAGUCGACUACAGGAGGCUGAUAGGUUACUCAAUGGAGACGGAGGACAUGGUCGGCUAACUAUGUUACGAAAGCAGCUGGACGCAAGGCGGCGGCAGAUGGUUGGUCAAGUGGCUUCACUUUAUCCCCUUGCUACAUGCACUCAUCACGGACCUCCAUCAUACAAUAAGCAGAAUCAUCAGGCAAUAGCCAACUCUCAACCAUCAGGCCCAUCCAAUCCUCCAUCAGCAGCAUCCGAAGUUAAGGAGAAUUUGGAUUAUCCUUGUUCUGGCCCUGCAUCUGGAGAAGUGCCCACAAACGGCGUGGAAGAAACGUCGAUCGCCAUUGCUGGUUUGCAGCUCGUUGUCCCUGUCAAAAAGCAGCCGGGACUCUUCAAUGAGAAAAAUGACUACGAAACUUCAGCGACGGCUCUGGGCUAUGUGGCACACGUCGUAUAUCUAAUGGCGUCAUACUUGGACGUGCCACUUCGGUAUCCUUUGCGUUUGGGAGCAUCUCGCACCUACAUCCGGGACUAUUCUCCUGCAGCAGAGCCUGCGAUUGUGGAAUCGGGAGCCAUCGCCGUACCGGCAGGGUCAUCCAAAAUCGGAGUUGAGUUUCCACUCUUUUCGGACAAUCAGGAGCUGACAAGAUCAGCCUACGCCGUGUUCCUUCUGAACAAGGAUUUAGAACAGAUGCUAAACCGUUUGGGAGUUGAUUCUGUAGGACCUCGACAUACUCUUCCCAAUCUAAAUAGAUUAAUCAACGCUGUCACUUCUGGGACGCUUCCAUUAUCGUGAUUUGACUGAAUCUCUAUGAUAGUGAAGAAUUCGCAUUUGACGAAAACCACACCACCCUUACAACUAGCUUCAGCGAACAGUAGGACGUUCAUAUCCAGGUAUCGGUAGUCAAGAUGAUGAGAUUGGAGUCGGUCUUGUGGUCGGUGAGCCACUAAGCUGGGAAAAGUAUGGUUAAAACCAUAUCAAAUUUUGCUUCUUGCGUAGAAAUUCGAUUUUGUAUAGGGCAGAGUGUAUGAGCCAAGACAUGUGAGUCUUAGAACCUCCGAUUGAAGUAAAAAGGUGCGAUGUGUGAAUCUUUGAUCACGUCACUGUUCUCCCACUGUCCGAAGAUUGACGCCAUCUUAUCACUUUAUCGUCACCGUUUGCACUGAUGCAUGUGAACGGAUAGACAGGGAGUUUCUGA